AUGACCCGUGAUCCUGAAAGUGGUCUAAAAAAGAAUCAUCUCAUCGGUGAUAUUCGUUUUUCUAAUAUACAUUUUUCGUACCCGUCACGCCCCGAUGUCCAAGUACUCGAUGGUCUAUCUUUUAAUGUAAUGCAUGGUCAGACUGUUGCACUAGUGGGCCCGUCAGGUUCUGGUAAAUCAACAUGUGUUCAAUUGCUACAACGAUUUUACGAUCCGAAUUCUGGUUCAGUGCUUAUCGAUGACAAUCAAGUGGAGGAGUACAAUUUAAAAUGGUUACGACAACAAAUUGGUGUAAUUAAUCAAGAGCCAGUUUUAUUUCAAGCAACAAUUCGUGAAAAUAUCUUGUUGGGAUGUGAAUCUGCUACAGAUGAAGAAGUGCAAAAGGCAGCAAAAAUAGCCAAUGCACACAAUUUUAUAAUGAGCUUCCCUGAGAAAUACGAAACUCUACUAGGCCAACACGGAGCUUCAUUGUCCGGUGGACAAAAGCAAAGGAUUGCAAUUGCUCGAGCACUCAUUCGGGAUCCAAAAAUCUUAAUUCUUGAUGAGGCCACCAGUGCACUUGACAAUGAAAGUGAAAGAUUAGUUCAAGAAGCUUUAUAUCGUGUUGCGGAAAGUCGAACAAUGCUUGUCAUUGCCCAUCGACUCUCAACAAUUCGUAAUGCUGACAAAAUUGUUGUGAUAAAGAACGGUAAAAUCAUCGAAGAAGGAAAUCACGAAGCCCUAAUGCUCAUGCAAGGAGCAUAUUAUGAUCUUGUUGAAGCACAAAAAUUGAAUAUGAACGAAGAAGACAAUGAACAGUUAGAGUCUCAAGAAGUAACAACAAUAAUUCAUCCCAAUCAAACUGACAAUGGACAUUUAAAUGAAAGAAAAAUUAGUAACUCAGCUAUUGUAAAUCACAAUUCGCUGAUUUAUUAUCCAGUUGAUGAAGUAACGAGAAGUGUGAACAUAUAUGAAGAUUUCCAAGAGACUAAUAAAGCAAUAAAGAAAGAGAAAAAAAUCAAUCCAACUUUAGCCAUGUUAAUAAUGAACAAACCUGAAUGGUUAUUGAUCGUAAUUGGAUGUGUAGCAUGCAUUUGUAAUGGUGGCGUUGUACCUGGACUUGGUAUAGUUCUCAGCAAAUUAAUUGCGAGUGUUCUCUUUGCUUGGUCUGGUGAAUCACUCACGAAACGAAUACGUGCAAAAACAUUUCGUAGUAUUCUUCGUCAGGAUGUGGCUUUUUUUAAUGAUCCGAAAAAUAAUACAGGCGCAUUAUGUGCACGCUUGGCAACUGAAGCAUCAGCAGUGCAAAGUGCUAUUGGUGUACGUAUGGGUAAUAUACUUCAAAAUAUUACUACACUAGGUGCAUCCGGUAGUGGAAAAACAACGUGUAUUCAAUUGAUUGAACGUUUAUACGAUGUGGCUGAUGGUUGUCUUCUUGUUGAUUCAAAAGAUAUACGAACUCUCAAUUUGCAGUGGUAUCGAUCGCAAAUUGGCAUUGUUUCACAAGAACCAAUUCUGUUUAACAUGUCAAUUCAAGAUAAUAUUGCUUAUGGUGACAAUAGUCGAAGUAACAUUCCGCUAGAUGAAAUUAUCCGUGCAGCACAAAAUGCCAAUAUUCAUGACUUCAUUCAGAGUCUUCCCGACGGAUAUCAGACGAAUUGUGGACCAAGAGGAACUCAACUAUCUGGCGGACAGAAACAACGUAUAGCUAUUGCUCGAGCAUUGCUUCGAAAUCCGAAAAUUCUUUUGCUUGAUGAAGCCACCAGUGCACUAGAUAGCGAAAGUGAAAAGACGGUUCAAGAAACGCUCAAUCGCGUUCAACAAAAUCGAACAUCGAUUACCAUUGCACAUCGUCUAUCGACUAUUCAAAAUGCAAAUGUUAUUUGUGUCCUGCAUAAUGGAGACAUCGUUGAAAGUGGAACACAUGGAGAGUUGCUUGCUUUGCGUGGUCGCUAUUAUCGAUUAGUUCAUCGAAAGCUCGAACAUUGA